AUAUAGUAUAACUGUAUGUGUCAGCAGUAAUCUGUAUUUGGAAGUGUAAUUGAACGAUAAAGUUGACAAAUUUUUAUAAACUGAGAAGCAGUACGACUGCUUCAGGACAAUAGUCAUUAUCGUAAAAGUUGUUUUUAGUUUAGGAAUUAUUUAAAAAGAAGAGGAAGAGCACGUGUGCAUAUGCAAGUGUGACCAAGAAGCCACAAGGAGACAACUAGCAACAGUCGACAAUGGCUUCAGACAACUCCACAAAAAGCACAUUUCCUGCUGAUGUGCGGGUGAAGAUAGAACCUGGCACAUCCGCGUCGUCAACGUCAUUUACACCGUCGGAAAGCUUGCCACACAUCAAGACGGAGCCAAACACGCAGCCCGCUCCUGUACAGAGGCUAACGUCCUUCCGAGUGCCACGCGACUUGACCCUAGGUGGAAAUAUUAAGUUGGAAAAGCCAAAGAAGGUGUACACACCGAACGUCAACGUGCAGAGGAACAAAAACAAGAAUGAACCAUUGCCACCAAAGGUAAAACACGAAUUAGUGAGGAAUAGUGAUCGCGGAAGAGGACGAGGAAGAGGCAAUAGAGGACGCGGUGAAAGAGGACGUGGUAAACCAAAGAUAAUAGAGUCUACCGGUGUCUGGUCAGAGGGGAUAUACGUACCUCCAGUCAGCAGAAAAUAUAGCAGUGACGGCGGCUCGGACUCCGUCCGAGUAAGGUACUCGGAGAAACCAAAAAAAUUGAACAAAGUUACGGAUACGGAUAAGACGAAGGAAGCUGAAACGGAAAGACUGAUGAAACUGGUUUUGAGAAAUGAUGACAGUGACGAAGACGAAGAGGCUGACGAGAGAGUGCAGCCUCUCUCACUGCCGAGAGGCAACCAAAAUUUAUCCAGAAUUAAAAAGGACAAAAUAAAUGUAGAGAACAAAGCUUCGGACAUGCCGGACGAGAACAAAGCACGCACCAUUCCCGAGAUGAUCGAAAAUAAAUCUAAUUCUUAUGUACUGAUACAGCUUCCAGAUUGCUUGCCAGGCUCUUUGCUGGAAUCCAGCAAAGAGGAGACGGAACCAGGGAAAUCGAGCAACUCCAACGAUGACGACGAGGACGAUGAUAAUGCGAAAGCGGAACGUUGCACCUUGGGCACUUUGAAGGAAGGUCGUCUUGGUACACUUGAGGUCUUGAAAUCCGGUAGAACAAGACUACGCAUUGGCAAUAUGUAUUUCUCUGCCAACACUGGCAGUCAACUAAAGUGUCGUCAGGAUCUCAUGGCCGUAAAACUGGACAACACGGCAUCGUCAACCAGUGAUACUGUCAAUCUGGGCUCGAUAGAUGGAAAACUAAUUAUUUCACCAGACUUGAGUCAGAUAUUGGAAGAUUUUGAUUUUACAUAAGUUACUAUUAAUAAAGCUUGUAUAUAAAAAUUUUUGUUAUGAUAUAAAUUUGUAUUAAAAAAAAAGAAAGAAAGGAUACAAAUUAUUUGUGAGCGGUAUAACUGAAGGGGAAUCAUGUAUAUAAUUCUCGAUAUACUUUGUAUAUUUUUCUCCAGUACUGUGAAACACGCAAAUCAUUAAAUUAGUUACAUUAUGUCUGUAAA